AUGCCCGGGAUUGAUCCACAUAUCGCGUGUCACGAGCUCAACAUUGAUCCAACGUAUAAGCCAAUCAAGCAGAAACGCCGAAAGCUCGGACCAGAGAAAGCACAAGCCGUGAACAAUGAGGUCGAGCGUUUACUCAAAGCCGGAUCCAUCACCGAAGUCAAAUACCCAGAUUGGUUAGCAAACCCCGUGGUCGUAAACAAGAAGAAUGGUAAAUGGAGGAUCUGCGUCGAUUUUACCGACCUCAAUAAGGCGUGUCCGAAAGAUAGCUUUCCGUUACCUCAUAUCGAUCGCCUCGUGGAAGCAACUGCCGGGAACGAACUACUCUCGUUUAUGGACGCGUUCUCCGGGUACAAUCAGAUUCUAAUGCACCCGCAAGAUCGGGAGAAGACAUCGUUCACCACGGAUCGUGGCAUAUACUGCUACAAGGUCAUGCCCUUUGGCCUGAAAAAUGCUGGAGCAACGUAUCAACGACUGGUAAACCGGAUGUCCGUGAGUCAGCUCGGGCAAACUAUGGAAGUUUACAUCGAUGAUAUGCUCGUAAAGUCACUCGUCGCCUCCGAUCACGUCGGCCAUCUUCGCACAUGUUUUGAUAUCUUGGAUCAGUAUGGUAUGAAGCUAAAUCCAACUAAGUGUACGUUCGGCGUGACAUCCGGAGAGUUCCUCGGAUACAUUGUUACACGGCAAGGCAUUGAAGCUAAUCCAAAGCAGAUCGCCGCUAUUCUCGAGCUUCCGUCACCAACAACCAAACGUGAAGUUCAGCGACUUACCGGACGGAUCGCAGCACUUAAUCGAUUCAUAUCCAGAUCGACGGAUAAGUGCUUACCUUUCUACCAACUUUUUCGCGGUAACAAGCAUCUCGAAUGGAAUGAGAAGUGUGAGGAAGCCUUCGCCGAGCUAAAGAAAUACUUGUCCACUCCUCCAGUUUUAUCCAAACCAGAAACCGGCGAGACACAUUAUCUUUACAUCGCGAUUUCAGAAUUCGCAGUCAGCAGUGUUCUCGUUCGAGAAGAUCGCGGCGAACAGAAGCCAAUUUUCUACACAAGCAAGUCCCUUGAUGGAUCGGAGUAUCGCUAUCCGACUUUGGAGAAAUUCGCCUUUGCCGUGGUCAUUUCAGCACGGAAGCUACGCCCGUACUUCCAGUCUCACGCGAUCGUGGUCCUAACCGAUUACCCUCUUCGUACUUUCCUUCAUAGCCCAAGUCAGUCCGGACGACUCGCUAAGUGGGCUAUCGAACUCAGUGAAUAUGACAUCGAAUACCGCGGCAGAACAGCAACGAAGUCUCAAGUCCUAGCAGAUUUCUUGGUCGAACUCCCACCGGAGCUCGUCGAAGAUAAGCCGGUCGUACAACCCUGGAUUCUUCACGCCGAUGGUUCAUCGUCCCAUAAAGGAUCCGGAGUCGGAAUUCGUCUAAAAUCACCCGAAGGAGAAGUUAUCGAGCAGUCGUUUCGUCUCGGCUUCCCAGCAUCCAACAACGAAGCCGAGUACGAAGCAUUGAUUGCCGGACUACGACUCGCCAAAGGCAUCGGCGCCGAGCACGUACACGCCUUCUGCGACUCUCAACUCGUGGCUAACCAGUUUCACGGCGAAUACGAGGCCAAGAACGACCGCAUGGACGCAUACCUCAAAGUCCUUAAGGAUGUCGCUUCGGAGUUCUCUACCUUCGAGCUUACAAAGAUACCUCGAGAUGAGAAUGCAACCGCCGACGCCUUAGCCGCUCUCGCGACUAAUUCCGAUCCUGACCUUCGGCGAACCAUCCCAAUUGCGGCAAUUGAGCGACCAAGUAUCGAGCCCGCUCCGAACUGCAACAUCAUUACAAGACGACGUGACUACAAAAACCAACCCAAUCUCGCCCCACCACUCACCCGGAAGACGAAACCCAAAGAGGUCAUUCCCGAUCACGACAACGAUACGGACGAGCUCAAUGGUAAUGAAUCCGAUCCCGAAGACGAAUCUGAAGGACAACACGUUCCAAUCGAUAUCGAAGCCGAAGGCGAGGACGUACCCGAAGAUUGGACCUUAGAAAUCGUGGGAUACAUCGGAGACGGAACAGUUCAUGUGGAUAAAUGGGCAGCUCGGCGCCUUAAGGCUCGCGCAGCUCGAUAUGUGGUCAUUAAAGGUACUCUUCUCAGAUGGGAUGCUUCCGGUGUACUUUUGACUUGUGUUCACGGCAACGACAUCAUGGAAGUAAUGCAGAAGGUUCACGAAGGAGAAGGAGGCAAUCACUCCGGAGCUCGGUCUUUGGCAUUCAAGAUCAAAAAAGCUGGCUAUUAUUGGCCCACUAUGCUCUCUGAUUGCGAGAAGUAUACGGCACGCUGCGAGAAGUGCCAACGUCAUGGUCCGAUGAUCAAUCUUCCUACCGAGCUCCUGAUGACCUCGACCGCACCAUAUCCUUUCAUGCGCUGGGCAAUGGACAUCAUCAGUCCCUUUCGCCGAUCUACAACCCAAAAGCAGUAUGUUCUGGUCGUCACGGAUUACUUCACCAAAUGGGUCGAAGCCAAAGCAUACCCCGAGAUCCAUGGAAUUGAUGUCAAGAAGUUCGUCUGGAAGUUCAUCAUCUGCCGACACGGAGUCCCGUACGAGAUCGUUACGGACAACGGAACCCAGUUCACUUCGAUCAUUUUCCAAGAUUUUUGCGCCAAGUGGAAAAUCCGACUAAGUUUCUCUACCCCGCCGUACCCGCAAGGAAACGGACAAGCCGAAGCCACAAACAAGACCAUCAUUGACGGACUAAAGAAACGACUCGAUACCGCUAAGGGAACCUGGGCGGACGAACUUGACGGCGUCUUGUGGUCUCACCGAACUACACCAUGA